AUGGCCGCGACCAACAGUGCGGAGGCCAGAGAGCUUAGCUUAAUCUCCAAGGUAGAGCUCAGAAUCGCGUUAGCAGAUACAGACGAAAAGCUGGAAUCCCUUCUCGGCACAUACCUGGCUCCUCUGCUACUGAAGCUCGGCUCAGACAGCCAUGCGGUCCGCAGCAAGGUGAUUUCCGUUUGUCAGCACAUUAACACAAGAGUCAAGGCCCCCGCAAUCAAACUCCCCGUUGCAGCACUGUUGAAACAGUUCAAGGAGCAGAAGGCGCAACUUAUCAGGCACUUUGACUUGAUCUAUCUGCAGCAAGGUAUUGAUCGUCUGGGCUCGGAUGCCAGAGUCGAGGUUCUGGUGCCGUUAUUGCAAGGCAUCUCCGAGAUUGGGACAUCUGCGAACCAGGGGGCUGUUGUAUUCAACCUGGUGCUGCGGCUGUUGCCGUUGCUGAAGCUUCCACCGAAGGACAGUGACGAUGAUGUGAAGUUGAAGGCUCGGUUGGGUCUCUCGGAUCAGGACACCAAGUUCCUCUCUUACUGGUUUGCGAGACUGUUGCUUCUUGUGCCAGCGGAAAAGAACGCCCUCGCAUGUCCAGGUUUAUCUCCAGCAGAGUACAAGUUUCUAAACAAAGAUGCGCCCAUAACUGAGACCUGGGAUCCUGCUCGGGAGGGCGGGUUGAAUUUGACGGAAACGAAAGUGCGAGUAUUGAGGUUCGUCUCUAGCGGAGCCUUUAAUGACUCGGAGCGGAUGAUGUCGGCGAUAAUUGCGUCCGCAGAUAGUAAUUCUCGCUUGUCGGAUCUCGCUGAAGAACUUCUAAAGAGGUUCAUACCAGAUCUUGAGAGCCCAGACGUUGUGCAGCAGCUCUAUCGACUAUACUUUGGUGCUGGAACACCAGACGGGGCUCGCCCGGCGCGUCCUGCCCUGCAAACAAAGCUUCUUAUCUUCCUUGGAAAGUCGGUUACGGCAACGACGGACACUGACAAAGUCGUUCGUUUGAUUGAAGAUGGUCUUUUAUCAGAUUCGGCAAGAUCUUCUCAGGGUUUACAGGCUUCCAAACUGCGGACUCAGAUAUUCAACUUCACUACGUGGGUCGUCCGCAUGGGAUCAAAAAACGACCUCAGGAAGAUUGCCCCGAAAGUUAUUGCCGGGUUGAUAGACUUCAUCCGUUCCCAGGGAUGGCCUAGUCCGGGGGUUAGCGGGCAGCGGCUCCCCAGCACAGAUCUGAGCCUCCGUGCGCUUGCGUACGAAAGCAUCGGUAUCAUUGUCCCCAAAGCGGAUCUCAAGUUCAGUGAUGGGCAUGAAACGGUCUCGUAUUUCGGGCUGAUUAAAUGGUUGUUCACGUCGUUUAGCUGUGACGACUCCGGCCCUCAAAUUUUCGUCAGCAUUGAACAGGCCUUGGGCAGCAUUCUUAAUUCGUCAAUAGAUGUUAAGGACACUGACUCCCAGAAGGAAUUAAGCCAUUAUCUACUGUCUCAGAUGAGGACAUAUCCAGGGACCGAGGAUGAGGAAACAGGGUGCAGGAUCGUGCGUGGCCCACAGUAUGCUGCAGUGCGGUUUGCCAACAGGUUUUUGCCAUUCUACAAUGUCGUUGCGCGCUGGAUCGAUCUUAUGGCCAUUGCAGGUGGCACGGACAUACGCCAGGAGAUCGCAGAGGAGGGGAGAAAGGGAUUGCAUCCAUAUUGGUUCCGGCUUUUGAAUUCAAAGCAGGAAACUAGACUGACCCAGAUCCCAUCUGAUUCCUCUGCUGAUUCAACCUCCUACUUCGAUUUUCCGAGUUUUGCUGAGGUUACAAACUUUCUCCUUUUCACUGUGGUACCGGGCAACCAUGAGUUUGGGAUGUUUUCUGGCCGUUACAGGGGUUCGUUUGCGCCGGCAUUAACCUUCCUUCGCAAUAUCCUUUUCUGGAAGUCUUUGGUGGCUGCCGAUAUUGUCAUAGAGAUAGAGCAGGAUUGGGAGUCCAAACUUGACUUGAUGCUCGCAUCAGAUGAGAAGGCACGGAUGGCUCUAAGGCGUCACAUGCAAUCAAAUGAGCAGGAACUGGUUGGGAUGUUUCUGCAGUCUACCCUUAUGGGACUCAUUGAUGGGUAUGGAGAGGGCCGACGACAAUGCGGAGAGCAUUUUGUCAGUAUUUGCUCUCUGGCAGCCAAUAACUCUGUCGAGUGGCUUCUUCCGCAGGCGCUUUCACUGAAAGCAACUUUAUCGAGCAAUGACCAGGAUGCUCAGAACAUGGCGGCGCGAGCAAUCGGUAUUUUAGCUUCCCAUCCUGCGUUCUCGCAGAAGGACCUUUCCGAUUUAGCAACCGAGCUACUGGCUACGGCAGGAUCGUGGGAGUCGGCAGUUGGUGAGAGAGUUUUGAAGGCUCGAGGAGCAAUACUUGCACUGUCCUUUAUCUUCAGCAGAUUUGCUUUCCGAGGAGCAAAAGAGAAAAUCUCCGAGCCCCAAAUAAACGAAUUUAUCAAGGUUGUAUUUACUAUCAUUGAUAUUUCGCGCGACUCUCUCCUCCGGCAAACUGCUCAGACAGCCAUUGGGCAACUCAGUCUUUCUGGCCUCCUGUCUCCGACUUCGUUCACCAACGUUGAGUGGGAGACGCUAAAGGAUAAGCUCGCGAAAAAUGCAAAGGCUGAAAGUAAUAUUGCUAUAUCAGCCAUUGGUUUGCUUAUACCUACUUUCCCCAGUGAUGCCCCGCAGUUUCGGCAGUUGCUUGAUGUUCUCUAUGACUUGCAUGAAAUUCGAAGUCCAGAGGUCCAUUUUACUGUCGGCGAGGCACUGAGCAAUGCGGUCGCCGGCUGGAACUCCAAAUCACUGGUGCACCAAUUUGACGUCGACGAGCAGCUUCCUGACAAGAGUAUUCCAACCUCUGUCCUUGCAGACGCAUGUGACAAACUUGCUAAAGAUUGUCGAGCUUCAAAACCAUCGCUUAGAAAGGCGUCUGCGAUUUGGCUACUAUGCCUGGUUAAAAACUGCGGUUACAUAGAAGAGGUACAAACCCGUCUACGCAAAUGCCAGAUUACAUUCGCAAGCUUGUUGAGUGACCGAGACGAGAUGGUUCAAGAGACAGGAGCCCAAGGGCUAAGCUUGGUGUAUGAGAUGGGCGACCAAGCUCUUAAGGAUGAUCUAGUUCGUGAUCUUGUGGAUUCAUUCACGGCAAGUAGCGCGAACCUUGGUGGUGGCAAGAUCAAUGAGGAUACAGAGCUCUUCGAGCCAGGAGCCCUACCUACCGGGGGAGGCUCAUCCGUCAACACAUACAAAGACAUAAUGAACCUUGCUUCUGAGGCUGGCGAUCCAACCCUCGUAUAUCGAUUUAUGUCGCUAGCUUCCAACAACGCGCUCUGGACAAGCCGUGCGGCAUUCAGCAAGCUCGGUAUCAGCAGUAUUUUCUCCGACUCCAGCAUCAAUGGAUAUCUCGCGAAGAACACGAAAAUCUAUCCCAAACUCUUCCGAUACCGGUUUGAUCCAAACCCAAAUGUGCAGCGCUCUAUGAACUCGAUCUGGCUUUCGCUGGUCAAGGAUCCAAAUGCGGUUAUCAGUGCCCAUUUUGAUGAAAUCAUUACUGAUCUUCUGAAGAGCAUGUUAGCUGGGCGGGAAUGGCGAAUGAGGCAGGCAAGCUGUGCUGCAAUCUCGGAUUUAAUCCAGGGUCGGCAGCCUGAUGUAUAUGUCAAACACGUGGAUGAGAUAUUUACGAAAGCAUUCAAGCUGGUUGAUGAUAUCAAGGAAAGUGUCCGAAUUGCCGCUCUAAAGCUUUGCCAGACGAUUACUGGAUCUGUUAUCCGCACUUUAGAGGCUAGUGACCCUGACACGAAACGAAUCAAAACGAUGCUCGAGAACACUAUCCCUUUUCUACUGAGUGAUAAAGGCAUGGAAUCCAGCGUCCAGGAAGUCCAGGGGUUUGCUCUUGGAGCUCUCAUACAGAUGAUCAAGAAAGGACCUGGUAACGCGCUGAGGCCGUUUGUCCCCAGCAUCAUGGAGCAGUUUCUGAAUUGCCUCAGCUCGCUGGAGCCGCAAGCGGUCAAUUACGUCCAUCUCAACGCCGACAAGUACGGGUUGACAGGGCAAGAAAUAGACAAAAUGAGGCUGUCAAGCAUCCGUACGUCCCCAAUGAUGGAAGUGAUUGAGCGAUACUUGAUCGAUAUGCUAGACGAUGACAGCAUGAAGGAAUUCGCAGCCAAGCUCGAAGGUGUACUUCGCUCGGCCGUCGGCCUUCCUUCUAAGGUCGGGUGCAGCCGUGUGCUAGUCCUGCUAAGCAUGCGGACAGUUCUUUUCCAGCCCUAUGCCGAUCGAUUCAUCCAACUGCUUGGUAAAUGCGUCUUGGACAGGAACGACACAGUCAGCGCAUCUUACUGCUCGUCGAUUGGCUAUCUAUUGCGCCUAGCCUCAGACAGCCAGGUCCUGAAGACUAUCGAGCAUGCCAAAACUCUAUACGUCACAGCCGAAGAUGCUAAUCAGCGAGCCAUUUCAGCCGAGAUCCUGCAUUCGUCCUCAAAGCUGUCGAACGAUCGCUUCAUGUCGUUUGCGUCGAGCGCCUUGCCGUUCGUUUUUGUUUCAAAACAUGACCUGGAUGAGCAUGUUCGUGAAGUCUUUGAAAAAACUUGGCAGGACAACGUGGGCGGCAAUCGGGCAGUGUCGCUGUACAUUAAGGAGAUCACCGAUCUGGUCAGGGAUAAACUGGGUUCAGCCCACUGGGCGAUAAAGCACACCGCAGCGUUGGCAAUCGCAGACGCCAUCACUUCACUGGAUUCAGAAAUUGACCUGGGUACAAGUCAGUACAUAUGGCCUGUUCUAGAGCAGGCAUUGGCUGGCAAGACCUGGGAAGGAAAAGAAAAUGUUCUCAAGGCAUUCGUACGGUUUGCGAGCCAAGCGAGAAAUUUGUGGCACGAACAGCCGCAGCUGGGAGAGUUGAUGAAGGUCCGCAACUUGGCUAAGAGCUAUGGGCUGAUCUGCGCAAAGACAAUUACGAUACGAGAGGCAAAACGGAAUAACCCUGCAUAUCGACCACAUGGCCUGACUGCUUUGGGUGGGGUUGCACAAGCACACAAGGACCUCGAUCUGACGGCUGAAGCAAUCAGCAUCGUUUCCAAAGUGCUGGAUGACAAUAAUGAUGCAGGAGAUCCCAUGGAUGUCGACUCAGGCAGCGGUCCCGGAACAAAACAAAUUCUAGAGGAUACACUGGCUGCUUGCGUAAAGUGUCUUCUGCAGUGCUGCAGCUCAACGUUGCAAGCACUGUCGGACGGUGAGAAGAGCCUCUUUCCUUGCAUUUUAAUCAUCUUGUGCCUCAACGGGCUAAUAAAAGAUUAUUACUCCGUAGGUCGCACAGUUUCAGACAACGAGCUGGCCCAAUUGAGGUCAAAUAUUCGCAGAGCCCUGAAGCACGGAGGGAAACAGGUGCAGAUUUCUUCGUACGAGGAGCUGCGCCUCCUCUUAAACAUAUGGGUUUCUAAGGGGGGCGGGGAAGCUGAACACCUACGCAAGAUUCACGGCUUCUUGGCGACGCUGACUGGGGAGUUGCUCUCGUGCGAAGUUGACUUAUCGGUUGAGGCAGUCCGAAGGGGACGUGCUGAGGCAACGGUCUCAUACGUCAAACUUUGCCAGCAAACGGGACGGGAGAUAGACGCGGAGCUGCAAAAGUCCAUCAACGGCUGGCGGAGGAAUGAAAGAUCGGGACCCGUCAGGCAGGUACUCGAUCAGGUGAUCGGACAGUUGGCACCAGAGUAA